AACGUACAGUCAGUAAUAUUAAGUAAAAAUAGAAUUGAACGGUUGUAUUAUGUAUUUAUUAAGUAAAUAUUUCGAUUACCAUUGUCGUUAAUUCCACUUCCAAGCGUAUUUAUAAAGUAAUAAUAUUAAUAGUGGUACUACACAAAACUUGGUUUUUGUUUUGUGUCUUAAGAACAUUACGGAACUUAAGGGUUAGUUUCUGGUGUAACUGUAAAUUCUGUUCCACUGUAAAGCAAAAUGGAUCCAAUGUCCCAUCGUAUUAUUGAGAAAAGACGACGAGACAGAAUGAACAACUGUUUGGCUGACCUAAGCCGUCUUAUUCCCAGUGCUUAUUUAAAAAAGGGUCGAGGGAGGAUAGAAAAGACAGAAAUAAUUGAAAUGGCUAUCAGACAUCUGAAGCAUCUUCAAGCUCAUACAUGCAAAGAUCCAGACACAUGCGAAGUAGCUAAAACUUCUGAACAAGAUAGAUGGCGACAGUACCGGCUCGGAUUCCAAGAAUGUAUGUCUGAAGUUUUACACUUCAUGGCAAAGAUGGAAGGAUUAUAUGCUGGGGAUGGAUUCUGUGUAAGGCUUAUCAGCUAUCUUCAACAACACUACUGCAAAGUUGUAGGAGAAAUGUGCCAGCAGAGCACUGAACUCGCUCCCUCACUGUUAUCCCAUGAGGACUCUGACACUUUUCCAAUGGAGAUAGAAUUUCUCAACUCUCAAACUAUGGAGUUGCUCCCUACAAUAAAAGUUUCUUCACAUCAAGAUUUAGUUGAACAAGAAUCCCAGGCUCAGAAUCAAUCUCAGUCCAAAACAAUAAAUGAUACUCCAAUAGAAAUGACUAUUACUUCUUCUACAGGUCUGCACAUAGUGAAUAACAGCCCUUCAACCUCACAAGGGCAUAAUUCAGUGGAAACAGUACCUAUUUCUAGAGUUUCAGAUGUGAGUCAACUGAGAGAAAUGUUACAAAACCCAGGUCUCCCAAUUCAACAACUUCCUAGAAGCAGCACUAACUUCAAUCUUAGCAUCAGUACUGCUCCAUCAAAAACUGAUAACACUUUUGUGAAUGAUUCCAUUGCUACUUCCACAGCAGGACACCUUCUUCCUGUACUGAUGCAUAGUAAUUCACUUGGUCUACACAGAGGAGGAGAAGAGGUCUACAAGUUUAAAAAAAACAUUAAAGAACGGUUUGCAGCAGACUUACAGCAGCAUGGGCCUUCAUCUCUGAGAGCAUCAGAAGAUAAAGUAAUAAGUUACCAAGAAUUCUUAAGACAUCCUUCCAUGGUCGAUACACCAAGUAGAUACUCACCAGUAAGCAUUACAAAUUCUUGUUCCAGUGGCCAGCAGUCUUCUCCAGUUAGCUGUGCAGAAGAGAAUUCAGUAAAGAUUCCUGAAAUCAAUACUUCAGAAAAUGUUCCCUCUUCAGUUAGAGGAUGGGAUAAUAACACUGACUCUAGCAACAGUUGUGGAUUUAAUCUAAGUCCACCAUCAGUUGUCAGAUAUAAUGGCAUCAACAAUAGUUCUGGUUAUAGCAUUGGCAAUGAGAUGUCGUACACCGCAAAAACAAAAUGUAGUAACCCAAGUGGACCAUCUUCUUACACAUCAGAAGAAGAUAUAGUUCUUUGUUCAAGUCCACAACUUCCAUUAAUAGUUCCAAGCAUUCCUAUAUUUGCUUUACAUCCUAAAGGUUCCUUCUAUAUUCCUCUCACAAUGGACUUGGCUCUUCUUUCUCCUCUUAUCACUAGUUUAGAUGAAAACAUUCCUGUCCUGCAUCCUGUUAGCAUUUCUGUAAAUUUUACUUUUGGUCAACAGUUAAAGAUAAAAGAAAGGGAGGAUAGUAGCAUGGGAAAAAACCCUCAUUAAGAUAUACCUGUCUCCAUAAUUUCUAUGUUGAAAAGCCAUGCACAGAACAAAGUACAAUACUAAGUCCUUGUAGUCUUAUGCCACAUGUGAAGUAGGACAUAAUACAUACAACAUAAGUGUAAUUAUGGACUGUAUUUGGAAUGGAAAAGACAUAUUGAUAGAUAGAAAACAUUGUAGUUUUGCAGUAAUUCAUAGAUAAAGUAUACGUAUACACAUACAUAUAUCUUUCCUUUUCUGUUAAUAUAAAUUUAUUGAACAUGUUCCAGAGGGUGGCCACAGAUUUCAGUUAUUUAUGCCUUUUUUCCCCCAAAAAAAUCAUAUGAAACCACAAAUAGUGGAUAUUUUGCUAACUUUACAGACACAAACACACCCAUCUUUGUGUCUUUGUUUGUGGACAGUUUAACUCAAAACAUUUUCUUCUGAUUUUGGGCAAAUUUGUACAAGCACUGUGUGUGCCACUGAAGAAUCAGUUGAUUAAUUUUUGGUGAAUGCAGCACAGAGGUCACAUUGAAAGUCAAACACUUUUGUUAUAAUGGUAGCAAAUUUGAGGACCCCAGUGACACAGUGGUAAGUCUGUGGACUUACAAUGUAAGAAACCGAGUUUCAAUACCCAUGGCGGGCACAGUGCAGAUAGCUCAUUGUAUAGCUUUGUGCUUAACCACAAAAAAAACAAAGCAAAUUGUGAUUUUUGUCAAAACUUGAGAACAAACUGAGAAAGAAAAAAGUUAUUGACACCCAGGCAUACAUUUCUGAGGACAAGGAUAGCACUCUCAGAGUUCCUUUCUAGUUUUAUUUUUUUAUUGUAAAAGUGGUCUCUUAGCAUAAACCAAGAGUCAUUGGGAAAAUUACCAUUGAAUCUUAUUACACAUCACAAAAGUAUAUUUAAUUUGUUUGUAAGUGGUUUUGUUUGAACUUCACUGUCAUUUAAUCCACAUCAGCUGAGCAUAGAGUUAGUAGGUAAUAUAACUGAUAACAUAUUAAGUGGGGGAUAAGUUACAUAUUAUUGUUGUUUAUGAUAGUGCUAUUGUUAUUGCUCAGGCAAUAUUGAUACUAAAAUGUUAUAUCUUAGUGAAAGUUCUUUGUGUUUAAUGAAACUUUUGGUUCAGAAAGAAAGGCCAGUGAAAUGUUGUAUCAGUUUACUGUAUAAGUCUUUCAAAACGAAAGUUUGAAUAAAAUACGAGUAAAACUUUAGAAUUAAUGCUGAUAGAGGAGUCAAUAUCUGGUUUGGAUUCACUUACAAGAGUUAUAUUUGUACAAUUAUUUGUAAAGCAUUACGUGACAAUAUUUUAAUUGCGUGACUUUCAAACAUAAUGUAUUUGAAGAAUAAAAUUUUAAAACAAAUUGAUUAAAAAUGUCAAUAUAUGACACUAUAGCUAAGCAAAUUAAUCGAUUAAUUGCCACUUGUAAGUAAUCAGUUGUUCGAAAUUUGUGUUUCUGAUUAGUACUGUUAUUGAUUAUUGCAAUAACUGAUUAAUGUCAGGAAAAUACAAUUAAUCGAAACUGAUUAUUACUGUUAUUAAUUAUUCCAGUAAUUGAUUAAUCAAAAUUAUGAUUAAUUGACUUAAUGUCACUAAAAUACAACUAAUUAAAUGGAAGGCAACUGGCUGGCAGCACCAGCCACCAACUCUGGCUACUGUAGUGUUGAAUAAAGGCUAUCUAAUCACUAUCAUUUAUUGUUUUGUACAUUGUGUUAUGUUUAGUGUAUUAUUUAAUGUUGUAUAAGCAGGCAUGGAGCUAGAGGAGGGGGCCCAGGAGGUAUGGACCCCUCCUGUGUUUUCCCAGAAAUUAAUAACUAUUCUUUAAUGUAUUAGCAGCCGAAGAUUGAGGGAAGAGGGGUCAGGACCUCUUUUUUUUUGAUAAAUUAAGAACUACUUAUUAAUUUUUGCAAGUAGAUGUGAAUUUAGGGAAGGGGUCUGGACCCUGCACCAUAGUUAACAGUACUACAGUUACAUUAAGAUAAACUUAAAAGUAUUGCUAGUAGAGGUCUAGUUGGACACACACACCCCCAACAAACACACACACAAAGUCCUGGAUCCGUCCUCGAUAAGGUGUAAAAUCUGUUUUUUACAUUGUUUAUUAAUUUAUAACUUGCGUAA